AUGCCUGAAUUAAACUGUAUUGAGGAAGCAGUAAAGAAUGUGCUUGGGUCGUCAAGCCAUUCGGUUGUAUCCGUGUUACAGAGGGGUUUGGAUAAGGGCUACAGCAGAAAGAAGUUUACAGAUCGGUUAUUUCAUUAUGUAAAGGAUGAAGCACAGAUCCGAAAGUUGCUUGAUCUUCUUCUUGAAGAGAUCAAAACGCCUGUAAAAGAAAGAAGGAAACGUUCAAGGUUCGAGGAAACGCCGGCUGCCAACGGUAUUGACGCUAAGAUGUCUAAGUUGGAGGUAUUCCCGUCGACGCUGAUCGACUCGAUGGCAGCAAAUGCGCCUAACACCGAAAAGCCGCAGAACGAAUACAAAAUCCACGAAAUUAUGCUACAGGCUCAGCGGAUGAUCGAGGAGCGAAAGCGAGUUUUGAGGUUACAUCCGGCGAAGAUCGCCCCGGAACAGGCGAAGGAGUUCAUGAACGAGUCUCUAGAGAAGGCGAAGCGUGCCUCGGACUUGCAGGCGAGCAUAGCGAACCGGCUGCCCGCCUUGCUCAGCUACCAGUCGUUCGGUAGACAACCGGGGAAACCAACGCCGCUGAUCCUCAACUCAGAGGGAAGAGCGAUCGACAGUGCCGGCCAGGAAAUACAAUUAACGCACCGAAUACCAACCUUAAAGGUGCAUGUUGUUUUUGUUCGUAGCGUUUUCGCUUGUCACCACGUUGUCAUGUUGUUGUGUCAUUGUAAUUGAAG